AUGGAUGAGGCCAGCAAUCCCCUUGAUAGACUUCACGUCCACCACCUUCACCACACCAGGUGCCAGGCUAUCCCACGCAGGGAAAAGAUCUUAGUUCAUGCAUUAAACAUCAGAAAGACAGUCGAUGGCCGCAAAGAGUCUGGAAAUAAUACCUUCUCUUGCCCAGAAAGGCACCAAACUGCGGACCAAGUCCUGGCACUCUAUGCCAAUGGUGGCAGCCAACUCAGCCAGAGAGCUUUAAGUUGGCCUGAACCAAAGUUGAGGACCAGCAACAUCGUUACUUGCAACCUCGAAGUUGCUGGUCCUUCUGUCAUUUGUGGUACAAAUGACAGGUUGGCAGCCAAGCCAGUGAUUGAUUGCUGCCUUUCUGAGCAAGAGAUUCUUCAUGUUCUUCCCUGGUUUCUUUCUCGACUUGAUUGCCGCGCUGUAGACACUGAUUGUCCUUUUGAUUUGCCUACAACUGUAUGCCUGCAGAGGGCCCAUCUCCUGCAUCAUAUAGCCAAGAUGAAUCUGCAUAUGCUGGUUCAUCACGAAAACUGUAGGCUUCAGCCUCUUUUCUUCGAUCUCACAAUGGAGAAAGGCAUGCCAGCAACCAAUGACCCUAUAAAGAUGAUUAAAACACUGAUCAGCAUAUAUCCAAUUGACUUACUCCUCUGCUUCUUGGAUAUUAGCAGCAGUGAUCCUCCACUGCUAAGCAAUUCUGCAUGCAGUAACAAGUUUCAUCACUGCUGCUUUCGUACGAUCAAAAACAAAAUGAUUGAUGACAAUCGUUGGAACAACAAACAAGAGGAAGUCUAUCUAAUUGACAGCCUUCCUCUUGCCAUUGGAUUCCUUCAAGGAUCUUCACGUUCCCAUGAAAUCGGCUGGUAUAUCAGCCCUGGAUGCGCAAAUUGCUUUGUCAAUAUCUUCCAGACUGACAUCCAGGGCAAAUGGGUACAGUGGUCCCUCGAUAAUUUCAAGACCUAG